GGUCUGGCAGCUGGUUUCCGCCGUCAUGUUUUCUGGGGUCGCCAUCAUGGCCCUCACUUUCCCUGAUCAGCUCUACGAUGCUGUCUUCGAGGAGGAAUCAGUGAGCAGUAAGACUCCCGUCCGGCUCUACGGAGGAGCCCUCCUCAGUAUCUCGCUCAUCAUGUGGAACGCGCUCUACACGGCCGAGAAGGUCAUCAUCCGCUGGAGCCUGCUGACCGAGGCAUGCUACUUGGACGCCACGUUCCUAGUCACCACUGUCUCCCUGGUCGAGAGCAGCCGGAUAGCCACGGGUGCCAUGCUCCUCCUCAUCAGCCGAGCCCUCUUCGUCCUCAUCAGCAUUUAUUAUUAUUACCAAGUUGGACGCCGUCCCAAGAAAGUCUAA